AUGGGCAGUGAGCCCCCACAGGCCGUUGCCCGGCUGUUUGCCUGGGUCAACGGGAUCUCCAAGUGUGAGCUGAUUGAGCUGAAAGAUCUCAGCCUAAAUGAUCGCAUUGAGCUGGCACCGGACCAACCAGCCCCUCCGCUCCCAGCAGCACCCCUGACUCCCAGGCAGGUGAGGGCUUCGCAGAGGUCCAGCCAGGUGGUCCGGCUGGUGGGGGACAGUGUGAGCGUUGAGGGGCCCUCGUGGUUCACAGGGCAGGGUGGGAAGGGACAUGACUUCCAGCCCUGCAGCUACACCCAGAUCACCUGGUGUGACCUGUGUGGAGAAUUCAUUUGGGGCCUUUACAAACAGAGCCUGAGCUGUGCUAGUAAGUACCAACCCAGUGUGUGUGUGUGUGUGUGCACUUGCGUGCGUGUGUGCGUGCAUGCAUGUGAUCACUGUAUGUGUGUUGGUAUGUGGGUAUAUACACUGAGUAUACCAAACAUUUGUACCCCCCCCCCCUUUUGCCCUCAGAACAGCCUCAAUUCGUCGGGGCAUGGACUCUACAAGGUGUCGAAAGCGUUCCACAGGGAUGUUGACUCCAAUGCUUCCCACAGUUGUGUCAAAGUUGGCUGGGUGUCCUUCGGGUGGUGGACCAUUUUUGAUACACACGGGAAGCUGUUGAGCGUGAAAAACCCAGUAGCGUUGCAGUUCUUGACACAAACUGGUGUGCCUGGCACCUACUACCAUACCCAGUUCAAAGGCACUUCAAUCUUUUGUCUUGCCCAUUCACCCUCUGAAUGGCACAUCUACACAAUCCAUGUCUCAAUUGUCUCAAGGCUUAAAAAUCUUUCUUUAACCUGUCUCCUCCCCUUCAUCUACACUGAAUUUGGAUUUAACAAGUGACAUCAGUAAGGGAUCAUAGCUUUCACCUGGAUUUACAUGGUCAGUCUAUGUCAUGGAAAGAGCAGGUAUUCUUAAUGUUUUUAUACUCUGUGUAUAUGUAUGUGUGUGCAGCAUGUCAAUUUGUGUGAGAGUUGAGAGAGUCAGACAUUCACACAUGCAGGAAUAUAUAUAAGUGUGUUAGCAUGUUUUCUGUAGCAAUCUCUUUUUCCUAUAGUGUGAUAGAGCCUUAAAAUAACAUUUCUCUCAUAUCCUGUGCACUCAUCCCAAUAGGAUGUUUAUUGAUUAGGAAUCAGAUCUGUCUUAUUGCAUCUUAAUAAAGAUAAUUACAUAAUUAUUUCUCAAAUAUAUGAACUACUCCAUAAGACAAACAGCCUGCUUUUUGGAUUUGUUUCUCAUCCAAUCAGGUGAAAGCUUGUCCCAGAGCACGACCCUAUCAGCAGGAAGCUCUGGGAAGCUUGGUGUUUUUAGAGCAUAGGGGACAGCAGGAGCAUGGGAACAUUCUUGUCUUCUAAAAUAACCUUUGGACUGCAUGUAUUUCUGUGUUGUGUAUUUUAAGUGGUAGUGAAGAAGGAAACUGCAACAGCCAUCAAAAGUAUAUGGCCAAUUCCAAAUGGACCCCUAGACCCUACGCCCUUGUGGAGAGAGUCUAGUAAGCCAUUUGGGAUAGAGCUAGCCAGUUUGUAAUCCUAAAACCCGGAAAUGAGUUACCUCUGGUUCGUUCAGCAAUCCCUAUGGGAAAAUAUCAUUGGGAAUGAAUAGGGAUUUGGAAUAAAUGCAGAAAAUAAAGUCUGAGGUUAAUACAGGCUUAGGAGAUCUUAUAUGUUUUGUUCUAUGAGCUAAUAUCAGUCAGUUAACAUGACCUUUAUGAAUUAUCAAGCCUUUAUGUGCUUUAUGUGUUUUUAACUUAAGUGAUAAUGCCAGAGAAGCCGGUGUUUGGAGGAUAUAUUGGCACGGUGUUGUUAGGCCCAAGACGAAGACGAGGGCCAGCAAACCGUACCAGUAUAUCCUCCAAACACCGGCUUCGAAGCAUUAUCACUUUUAAAUAACGAGUUACCAACAUAUUCAAAUAAUGAUUGACAUAUUUUCAAUUAAAACGUUUUUUUAAUGAAUUUAUUCAUACUAUUUCAUCCUUCCACAAGAUAUAGUCCCGACACAUAUCUAGGUUUGCUACCCAAGCCGGCUGGUCGUUUGUUCUAUCGGUUCGUUUGCCAGAGACUCGACCCAGUUGUUCAGUCUUUUUGUUCUUUCUAUGGACUCUUCAACAGUCGUUGCUACCCAAUCGUUCGUUCUAAAUGUUCCAUUGCCAUACUGGCUGGCAACGUUCUUAUCCCUUACUUGCUAGCUAGCCAACUACGGCUAACUUACAGUCACGUCAAACAGUGCAGCCAGAAUAACAACAGUAGCUGCAUUUGCAUUUGUUUAAGCUGUUUUCUAGUGACAUUUAUUUGGAUACAUCCAUAACAAUGAGCUAAUGAGGCACGAUUUCGCCUGGCAUAGAAAAUGUGCUUUCUCAUCAGGACACUGUUGUUCAUAGGAGCUAGCCAACAACACAGCUAACACAAUCACUUCCAACUGAAGCUGGAAAGACUGCAAACUAGCUGCACUUCGUUUCAUUUUACUUUUUUCAAUUUACAUUUAUUUGUAUAUAUCCAUAAAAACUAUGCCAGCUGAUUCAUGAUUUCGACUGGCUGAGAAACGCUGCCUACCUGUUUGUCUCGUCCCGACUCCCGACACAUUCAUUACUAUGGGACAGCUGGAGAUCGAAUUUGAAUAUUGAAACAAUGUUGCAAAUGUUGGAGAGACAAACAGGAAGGUUUAUACAAAUCUCUGCUGUUGAAAACUAAAUGUUAGUCUAAAAGUAAUGUGAGAUAAUGUCUAGAGUUUAUAAAUUGCCUGGCUGGGCUGAUGAGACAGUGGAUUGCGCAGUCAGAUGGAACAGAGUAAAUAGGCAUUUUAACGUCAUAGAUUUAGCCUUGUGGAAUAGACACCGGCUGGAAUACGCUUUGAACCAAUCAGUAUUCAGGAUUAGACCCACCCGUUGUAUAAUAUUACAUAAAUGCUUCAAAAUUAACAAAAAGUGACAUUAGUGGAUGAAGAUUAUCUCAUAGAACAAAACAUGUAAGAUCUCCUAAGCCUGUGUUUACCACCCUACAAAAACCAUUCAUUUUCUCCAUAGGCUUUGUCCAAUGAACCAUGGCAGAGUUAGUGCCAACAAAAAGACGCCGUUACUAUUUGUCUCUAUUGGGCCCAUGAGAGUUAAAUAUGUGUAGAUAGUAUGGGGCUGAAUACAGUCAAGUCUGUUUAGCCAAAGCCACUAAUUCAUUAGACUUGCUUGCCAGACUCAUGGCGGCUGUGGGACGAGACUCAUUCAUAGUUGAUGUGGUGGACAGAAUCAACAGCAGAGGGCAGUGAAGACCUAUAGUGCAUUCAGAAACUAUUCAGACCUCUUGACUUUUUCCACAUUUUGUUACGUUACAGCCUUAUUCUAAAAUGUAUUAAAUUGUUUUUUUUCCCUCGUCAAUCUACACACAAUACCCCAUAAUGACAAAGCAAAAAAAGGUUUAAAAAAACCUGGAAAUAUCACAUUUACAUAAGUAUUCAGACCCUUUACCCAGUACCUUGUUGAAGAACCUUUGGCAGCGAUUACAGCCUCGAGUCUUCUUGAGUAUGACGCUACAAGCUUGGCACUCUGAGAGUCUUUAGGUGCCUUUUGGCAAAUUCCAAGCGGGCUUUUACUGAGGAGUGACUUCCGUCUGGCCACUCUACCAUUAAGGCCUGAUUAGUGGAGUGCUGCAGAGAUGGUUGUCCUUCUGGAAGAUUCUCCCAUCCCCACAGAGGAACUCUAGAGCUCUGUCAGAGUGACCAUCGGGUUCUUGGUCACCACCCAGACCAAGGCCGUUCUCCCCUGAUUGUUCAUUUUGGCCGGGCGGCCAGCUCUAGGAAGAGUCUUGGUGGUUCCAAACGUCUUCCAUUAAAGAAUGAUGGAGGCCACUGUGUUCUUGGGGACCUUCAAUGCUGCAGAAAUGUUUUGGUACCCUUCCCCAGAUCUGUGCCUCGACACAAUCCUGUCUCGGAGCUCUACGAACAAUUCCUUCGACCAGUCAAGUCCAAUCAAGUUGUAGAAACAUCUCAUGGAUGAUCAAUGGAAACAGGAUGCACCUGAGCUCAAUUUCGAGUCUCAUAGCAAAUGAAUACUUAUGUAAAUAAGUAUUUCUAAAAACCUGUUUUCGCUUUGUCAUUAUGGGGUAUUGUGUGCAGAUUGAUUAGGAUGUUUUUUAUUUAAUCCAUUUUAGAAUAAGGCUGUAACGUAACAAAAUGUGGAAAAAGUCAAGGGGUCUGAAUACUUUCUGAAGGCACUGUAUAUCUGCUGUGCUGCUCGAUGAUAAUGAGAAAGCUGGGAAGGGGAAUUCAGUUACCACUUUAGUCUCCAUGUCAUGCACAAGAUGAAUGGUAGAAUAAACACAUUUGAGGCAAAUAGUUGAUCCAAAAUGUGUGAAUGGUAAUGUUGAAGCAAUCAACCGUCUCUCUUCCUCACAUGUGACCCAUCUCCCUCUAUGUAACAAUGUACAUAUUGCCAAAGCUUACUUUGGAUAUUUACACUCUCUAUCUCUCUCCCUAGACUGCAGUUACACCUGUCACUACCAAUGUCGACCGUUUAUCCAGUUGGAUUGUAGCACAGAUAGUAGGCUCCUCACUACCAACCAAACUGAUGUUUCUGAAGACACCGUGGAGACAGAUACUAAUGUGGAUGUGGUAAGUAGCCAAAUGUCAUCAAAUGUAAAUCCUGUGAGGAACUUAUGUAACGGGACAAGUAGAGUAGUAGUAGGAAUGGUAGAAUAUUAGAAUGUGUAUUGGGGAGCUUAUUGUUAAAUUGAAAAUAAUUACCUAGGCUAUGAUUUUGAGAAUUGAUGACAAUUAGUGAGGGACGCACAAAUACGUUAACAUUGUAACAUAGAGAUAUGGCAUUAAAAGAGGCAAUGGAAAAGACCACAUCAUUUGAGAUGACUUGGGCAGCGCGACCAGCAGCGGAAACUGUAGCCAGGAUGACUCGGACUCGGAGCUGGAGCAGUUUUGCACCGCGUGCACAUCCUUCUUUAUCAAAGUCAAAAGGAAAACGGUGAGGCGUCCGCGGCAAUAAAUAAAAAAAGUCAGAAGUCUGGUCUAUCAAGUUAAUAAGAUAACAUACUACCCUAUGUAGCCUAAACGUUUGUGCAAUGUCUUUGUUGAUGGACUGCAUUGUAGUCGGUUUUCAAAACAAUGUCGUUUCUUAUCAUGCUAUUGCCAUUUGAUGCAAUUAAGUAACUCAUACACAGAAACUCUCUGUAACACAGAGUUGGGUCAGGUAAAUGAGAUGUUUGUGCACACAAAGCUCCACACUAGAAUAGUGUGUAUUGCUUUUUUCCCAGCUGGGAAUGAUUCUGUUUUUGCAUGACACAUUGGAGAAUUCGUUCAAAGAGAACUUGUGUUGCUGUGUGGAAAUUCUUAAUAUGCUGGUUGGAACUGGCAGAGAUAUGACACCAAAGCCUAAAUUUAACCUGUGUAUGUGUGUGUGUGUGUGUGUGUCCUCAGUGAAUUCCUCUCCUCUGUUCUUGUGGAAGGCAGGGAUUCCUGAUGUGCUUACUAGCUGGGCUUGGUAGGGAGGGGGUUGAGAGAGCAAGGUUGGCCACAGCUUCCAUCUGCUUCAUGCACCUGGCUUUAAACCCAAGGGAGUGAACUCGCUGUUUACUGGACAGAAAGAGAGGUUGUGUUAUCGUGGGAAUAAGUUAUGCCAGAGGACAUAGGAUACUGUACUUUUGUACUACUCUUCUAACUACUGUAUGCGGAAGGGACGUAGUCCACGUUGACUUACCACAUGGCAAAAAAAUAUUUAGGAAAAACUUGAAAAAAUCACUUGUUUCAUGAAAAAAUAAAAACAUUUGGGAGAUCACUGAUAGAGCAGGUGUAUAAUAAAGCUGUACAACAACACAAGUAAGUUCUCUGCUGACCUCUUGUGGUUGGUUAGACAGUGAGCCUACAGCCAGACCAUAGGAAUAGGUCCUAGGAGAUUUGUUUUGAAACUCACAUUCCUUUCCUCUAUUUCAGAUUGAACCAAUUGACUGGGGGAAACAAGUGCUUUCUGUCAGUGACAUCCAGCAGAAGGUGAAGGAAUACAAUGCUCAGAUCAACAGCAAUCUCUACAUGGUGCUGGUAUGUAAAUGUAAAUGCAAAUGCAUGUAUACAAACACACACACACACACCUGUGUCGAAUGGCCAGUUAACCUCACUUUGUAAAUUAGUUGCAGACCCAUUAUAUCCUCUGUCCUGUAUAUGUAUGUGAUAAUCUGUAAGUUAAUAUACUGAACAGAAAUAUAAACGCAACAUGCAACAAUUUCAAAGAUUUUACUGAGUUACAGUCCAUAUACGGAAAUCAGUCAAUUGAAAUAAAUUCAUUAGGCCCUACUCUAUGGAUUUCUCAUGACUGGGAAUACAGAUAUGCAUCUGUUGGUCACAGAUACCUUUUUUUAAAGUAGGGGCGUGGAUCAGAAAACCAGUCAGUAUCUGGUGUGACCACCAUUUGCCUCAUGCAGCGCGACACAUCUCCUACGGAAUGUUGUCCCACUCCGCUUCAAUGGCUGUGCAAAGUUGCUGGAUAUUGGUGGGAACUGAAACACGCUGUCAUACACGUUGAUCCAGAGCAUCCCAAACAUGCUCAAUGGGUGACAUGUCUGGUGAGUAAUGCAGGCCAUGGAAGAACUGGGACAUUUUUAGCUUCCAGGAAUUGUUUACAGAUCCUUGGAAAUGGGGCCCUGCAUUAUCAUGCUGAAACAUGAGGUGAUGGCGGCGGAUGAAUGGCAUGACAAUGGGCCUCAGGAUCUCAUCACGGUAUCUCUGUGCAUUCAAAUUGCAAUCAAUAAAAUGCAAUUGUGUUCGUUGUCCGUACCUUAUGCCUGCCCAUACCAUAACCCCACCGCCACCAUGAGAUACUGUUCACAAAGUUGAUAUCAGCAAACCGCUCGCCCACACGAUGCAAUACACGCUGUCUGCCAUCUGUCCGGUACAGUUGAAACCGGGAUUCAUCCGUGAAGAGCACACUUCUCCAGCAUGCCAGUGGCCAUCGAAGGUGAGCAUUUGCCCACUGAAGUCGACUGCCAAAUUCUCUAAAACGAUGUUGGAGGCGGCUUAUGGUAGGGAGAUGAACAUUCAAUUCUCUGGCAACAGCUCUGGUGCACAUUCCUGCAGUCAGCAUGCCAAUUGCACGCUCCCUCAAAACUUGAGACAUCUGGGGCAUUAUGUUGUGUGACAAAACAGCUCAUUUUAGAGUGGCCUUUUAUUGUCCCCAGUACAAGGUGCACCUGUGUAAUGACCAUGCUGUUUAAUCAGCUUCUUGAUAUGCCACACCUGUCAGGUGGAGGGAUUAUAUUGGCAAAAGAGAAAUGCUCACAAAGAGGGAUGUAAACAAAUUUGUGCACAAAAUUUGAGAGAAAUAAGCUUUCUUUGCAUAUGGACGAUUUCUGGGAUAUUUUAUUUCAGCUGUGUAUAUGAGUUCCUCAGGCACGUUAUGUUCACACUGUAUUGACAUGUCCAUUGACAAUCCAUCUAAGGACUCUGUAUCCUUUUUUCAGAACCGAGACGGAUCAUACACUGGCUUCAUCAGGGUCCUUUUUAAGCUGACUCGUCCUGUGUCACUCCCACCCCCUCGGAAGGUGUCUUCACCACAGGAAGAGGGGCAGCUGGAGGGGGGGCUGAAGUGCCGGACUUCUUUCUACCUCCCAAAAAACACAGCCAAACUCCUGCACAUAAGCUCCCGGACACAGGCACGAGAGGUCAUAGAGGCCCUGCUCAACAAGUUCACUGUGGUGGACAACCCGGCCAAGUUCGCCCUGUUUGAGCGCAGUGAACAUCAAAACCAGUGUGAGUGUCCAUUAGCACAAAUCAUUCCACUUAAUAUGAUACCAAACACAAUGUAAGAAAAUGUCCGGGUCACUUUUCUCUCUCUCUCUCUCUCUCUCUCUCUCUCUCUCUCUCUCUCUCUCUCUCUCUCUCUCUCUCUCUCUCUCUCUCUCUCUCUCUCUCUCUCUAUUCAAUUCAAAAGGGCUGUAUUGGCAUGGGAAUCAUAUGUUUACAUUGCCAAAGCAAGUUAAAUAGAUAAUAAACCAAAGUGAAAUAAACAAUCAAAAAUGAACAGUAAACAUUACACUCACAAAAGUUUCAAAGGAAUAGAGACUUCAAAUGUCAUAUUAUGGCUAUGUAUCUCUCUCUGUCUCUUUCUUUGUUUUACCUUUCUAGUAUACCUCCGUAAGCUGUCUGAUGAUGAGCGUCCGCUCCACCUGCGUCUGUGUGCCGGACCUAAUGAGAUAGUCCUAAGUUUGGUGUUGAAAGAGAAUGAGACUGGGGAGGUCAACGUGAGUCAUCUCCAAAACCAUACAAAUAUAAUAUAUUUCUAUGUCCCAAAAAAAUACACAAAGAGGGCUCUCAUAUGCUCAACACUGAAAAUGAAGUGUAUUGGAAAGUGUUGACAGAGUAAUUACUUUACUGCAUUGAGAUUGAACAUUGAGUUACUCUCUCUCCCACAGUGGGAUGCAUUCAGCUUUCCUGAGCUGCACAAUUUCCUGCGGAUCCUUCAGCGCGAGGAAGAGGAACACAUCCGGCAGAUCAUCAAGCGCUACGCUCUGGCCAGGGACAGGGUGAAGGAGGCAAUGGCCAGCGUCACCACCCCCGGCUGA